AUGCCGUCCUAUCAUCGUUACAUGUCACUAGUUAUUGCACAACUUGCGCUCGCGUCUGCGUGGGAGAGGCUGCACGAUCCUCUGCGUAUUCGGCAGUAUCAGAAUCUUCAGGUAUUCAAUCAUGGGUUGACAGGUGCUGCGCCCGCGAUAACGAAUUCUGGACACCGGGACAAGCCAUCUGAGGUCCACGGAGAGAUGUUCUGCCGGACAACAAAGGUCAAUAUAUUCCGUGAAUAUGUUGCUCUCAUGGCCCCAAACAUCGUAAAUGAAGUCCACGGCAUCAAUUUCACCGUCCAAGAUUGUCAGAGUGAGAGAGAGAGUUGUAACGUAGCACAGCAGUCUGCACCUACGAAAUAUUUUAUCGAACACGUCCAAAAGACAGCGGCUGUGUCCUCGGAGUCUGCUCUCGCCCCUACAUCACCGUCGCACCAAGUGGUGAUGGUGUUAGAUGACGAAUUUGAAUUGCUUUGUGAUGUAGCUUAA